UUACGUGUAACGAUUCUUACUGAGGAAGCCAGAUACUCAGCCAGUCUUGUAAAGAAGAGCGAAACUCAGUAAACCCCUGCCGAGAGGGAAUGGUUGUGAUUAGUCUAACGGAAAAAGCGUUCUUCACAUUAUUUUAGUUUGUUGUUGUAAUCAAAAGAGCUUGUUGGUGAAGUUGUUUUGGAGCAAAAUAUAUGAGGACUGAAGCUGAAAUCAGGUGUGUGGAGUUAGAGUUGGAAGUUCAGCAGAAGGCUAACGAGUAUGAAGCACUUAAAGCCAAAUUUAGGGCAUUGGAAGCUGAAAAGCUUGCUACUGAGGAAAAGCUAGAAGCUUUAAAAAGAGAGUUUGAUGAAAUGAAGGAUCGUAAUUGUUGUCGUAAAGAUGAAACUAAGGAAGUUUGUGGAAGAACCAAGAGGAUAGAAAGAAUAGUUGAUCUGACUAAGGAUGACUGGGAAGAAGAAGAAGAUAAGGUGGCUCUUCUGAUGAUUGAGAAUCGAGUUUUGGAAUUGGAGAAGAAGAAAGCUGAGAGAGAUGUCAAGGCUUGGGAGAAAAAGUUUGAAGAACUGCAGGAGUGGAUCCUACAUUCUCAAAAGCCAUUACUUUCAGGAGGUCCAGUGGUUGAAAAGACAAGGGGGAGCAAGAACAAAGCUAUGGAUCUGGCGGAUGUUGACUCUCUCUGUCGUUCCCCUGGUAUAGGGGUUGAUGAUCCAAAAACGGCAGGUUCAACUUCUUUUCACACACCAUGUAAAGAUGAUGCUUAUAUUAAGGAAGAAGUAAAAGGGGUUAGUUUGGAGUCUGACUUGGAAUUUACUACCAGUCAACAACUUAAAAGACAACUGGUAUUUGAGCAAGAGAGUCCUAGUAAGAAGAUAGCUCCAUCUACACCUGGUGGUGCUAGACCUUCAGCUCUCACCAUUGUUGAUAUUUUGGAUAGUGAUGAGGAACCUGAUAAUACCAGUGUCAAAAUGCCUGCUGUCAAUCAGGGAAGUGGAAAUGAAGAGGCUGUCACCCCAUUAGUGGGGAGUGUUACUUGUGCAAUAGAAAUGACUGCUGAUACAAAUUCUCAGCAGAACAUGGAAGAUCUUUCUGCAUGCAAACAAAAAAAUAUACAUGUUUCUACUCCCAAAAGAAAACGAGCUUUAAAUGUAUUUAUGAGUGACACUGAUGCUGAGAGCAACAGUGAUGAUGAUAUGCAUGCUUCUACUCCCAAAAGAAAACGAGCUUUAAAUGUUGUUAUGAGUGACACUGAUGCUGAGAGCAACAGUGAUGAUGAUAUGCCAAUUGCCAAACUCAAGAGGAUGAAUCACCAAAAUAUUGUCCCUGAUCAAAAGGGCUCCUCUGAGAAUGCUACUACUUCUGCCGUUGACGUAGGAACAGUGACCCCUCGAAGAAGGCGAUUGGUAGCAUUAAAGGAAUGCAGAGGAAGAGAUGUUGCAAAAAAAGAGUCACCUAAUAAUACAACCGAAACUAAACAUCUUCGAGGAAUUCCUACAAAUGCGGAUACUGAAACUGAUGAGUCGCUUGGGGUUAGCUCGGACAGUGAAGGUGAAAGCUUGGGUGGCUUUAUUGUUAAUGACAGUGAUGUAUCUGGAGGUCAUGAAGCUUCUAGUGUAUCAGGAGAUCUUUCAGAUGACAAAGUAUACUUUUCUGAGAUUUUAUCUAAUCUUCAAAGGAAAAAAGAUAAAAGCUUUAAGUGGGAGUUUGAGGCAGACAUGCUUGCUGAUUUUGGGAAGGAUACUGAACUGUGCAUGAAGGCUGUAUGUGCCCUCUACCGCCAGCAAACUUCUGAGGAGAAGAUCAGCAAGGGAACAUUGGUUUAUAACAAUCGUGGAUUUAGUAAGGUUGACGCCCUCAGGGGCACGAAUUUGGCUGUUUUUCUUACUGAUGGAGACGCAGAAAGCCAUUUGAGAAAAACUGUGGAGGAGUUGGAGAAGUCUGAUCCCAAGGCUGUCAAACUGUGUAGAACACUUGCAACAAACUACUCUAAGCAGCUUUUUGAAAUAUACAAGAACAAAGAGGAUCCCUUCUUUCUCCCUUGAUUUGCAAUAUAAGUUGCCCCUAUAGUGUGGAGAAAAGUAGAGACAUUAGAAGUUAAGAAAUACAGACCAAAAGUGGCUUCUUUGGGAUGAAGUUGGUCUAUUUUAGUUUCUUUUUAGGUUUGUAUAUGUAGUAGGAUGUCUAUGAAAGAAAGGGGAGUUUGAAGCAGCAGUUUCAGUCUUAGUUAAAAAUGUUGAUAGUUCUAAUUGUAAAGCUUGCUUAAUAUGUGUUUAUUCCUGUAAUGGCCUCAGAAUGUUAAUGAUCAUUGUAUUUUGAGUGAUAUUAUUAUCUUUGGAUGAUGGGGUUUCAAUAUCUUUGCCACUAGUGUCAUUGAAUUAAAAAUGAUGACACAAUGGUUGUGAAAUUUUCUACUUUUGAGGCUAA